CACUUUCUCCUCCAUUUCCUUCUUCUUCUUGUUGUUCAUGUUUUCACUUCACUUCAAAACCUUCUCUGUUCAGAAACAUACAGACCCGCUUUUCUUUCCUUCCCAUAUCUCCCUCUCCUUCUCUUUCUCUCCUGCCCUCAUUUUGAAAUGAAAACCCACCUCUAAUGGCUUUUCAAGACCACCACCAUACACCACAAGAAAUGGCUUUUCAACUACCACAACACCACCACAUCUCAGCCUCACCUUCCACCGGUCCCACAUGGCUAAGCAACGCAGUCCUCCGUAGACACGACGACGUUUUGACCCAAACCCGCAUCGAAAAACCCGAAAACAACACCAAUAAUGGAAGUGAAGAGGAAUUGACAGAUUCCGUUAGUGAUAAUUGGGAGAGAGCUAAAUGCAAAGCUGAGAUAUUAGGGCAUCCCUUAUAUGAACAGUUAUUGUCUGCUCACGUGGCUUGUUUAAGGAUUGCCACGCCAGUUGACCAGUUGGCUAGGAUUGAUACACAGUUGGCUCAGUCUCAAGAUGUUUUGGCUAAGUAUUCUGGUGUUGGUAGGAGCCAUGUUGUUGAUGAGAAAGAACUUGAUCAGUUCAUGACACAUUACGUUCUAUUGCUCUGUUCCUUCAAAGACCAAUUGCAACAACAUGUCCGUGUUCAUGCUAUGGAGGCUGUAAUGGCAUGCUGGGAACUUGAACAGUCUCUACAAAGUUUGACAGGUGUAUCUCCAGGGGAAGGCACUGGUGCAACUAUGUCUGAUGAUGAUGAUGACCAGGCAGAUAGUGAUGCCAACUUGUAUGAUGGAAAUCUUGAUGGGUUGGAUACCAUGGGAUUUGGUCCUCUAGUUCCCACUGAAACUGAGAGGUCCUUGAUGGAGCGUGUAAGGCAAGAAUUGAAGCAUGAGCUCAAACAGGAUUACAAGGAGAAGAUUGUGGACAUUAGAGAGGAAAUUCUACGUAAGAGAAGAGCUGGAAAACUGCCAGGUGAUACUACGUCCCUCUUAAAAGCUUGGUGGCAAACACAUUCCAAGUGGCCAUACCCAACUGAGGAAGACAAAGCAAGAUUGGUGCAGGAAACAGGUUUGCAAUUAAAGCAGAUAAAUAAUUGGUUCAUAAACCAAAGGAAAAGGAACUGGCACAGCAGUCCUUCAGGUUCUACUUCGAAGAGCAAACGAAAGAAGUAAGCUGCCUAUUAUAUGUGAACGUUAGCUCCUUAAGAACAAUUUGCUAAUUGUAAUGAAGAAAAUAACCAAUGCAGGUGAUACCAGCAUUAAACAUCUCGUAUAAAUGGAAUGCUAUUAUUUCCUUGUGUGCGUACCUGGGGAAGAGCAUCAGAGCACAUGUUGGAGGCAUUGUAAUGAGCAAGAAUUCUGUAAGGGUAGUAGGGAUGUUCUGUUUGGACAUCCCUGUGUUGCUCAUACUUGAAAGCUCAGCUUAAUUUGAAAGUGGCUGCAAUAUAUUCUAUAUGUAAAGAUGGUCUAAACUCAUUCACCUAUCAAUUCCAGUUGAGAAGUGUGCUUUGAAGGCAUACAUACUGAUACAAUAGAUGUCCCUAGCUUAUAAGCAUAUAAGAUUAAAGUAUUGGUUUGGAUAGCUUCCUUCCGAGCCACGGGCCUGUAAUUUUGCUGUUACUGGUUUAUAUUUCUAUAUUUGUGAUAAGAACAGCAACAGUAAAGGAAAUGUAAUUACAUCCUUUUUAACAUUCAAAA